GUGUUUCCAGAGAAAGGCUUGGAGGAGAGCUGUAAAAUAGAGAUGGCUGGGGGAAGGAGAUGGGAGGCCAUGGAGUUGGACUGCUUGGUUAACAUCUUUCAGAGGCUCGGCAUCGAAGACUUGACCCUGGGUGUGCCCUUCGUGUGCAAAUCAUGGUAUCGAGCUUCUCUCGAUCCAAUCUGCUGGAAAGUGCUCGACUUCCAGGCAUUAGACUUCAUGCCAUGGAGCAAUUUCUCAAAGAGGUUCAUGAGACGGUACUCUCCGCAACAUUUCUCCUUCUCUGGUUUCAUGAAAUUUGCCAUCAACCGCAGCCAUGGAGGUGUUGUCGAGCUUAGAUUUCCUUUGUUGAUUGGUGCUUCAUUGAAGGACUUGGUUCAUGCUUCAAAUCUGUGUCCUAGAUUGAAGAUAGCUGUCCUGCCUAGAAUAAUGUUGGAGGAUGAAGAACACAUACCUGAACUUGUAGGGAAAUGGAAGGAUCUCGAACGGCUUGAAAUGGAAUCGAAGCCUUCAUCCUUCUCAGAAAUUGCCACACAGAUCAAUCUUAAUUGUAAGAGUUUCACUGGGCUGAGGAUGUUUGGUUCUAUAAAGAAGGAAGAUGUGUUGGCUAUCACAAAGUCUCUUCCAAAGAUCAAGUAUCUGUGCCUUAGCAGGUCAUAUUUGUGCAAGAAAGAGUUGUUAGCAAUAGUGGAUGGUUGUAGAGAGCUGGAGAAACUGAUUGUGAAUGACUGCAUCGGUUUCGAAGCUGAUGAGGAGGUUCUGAAAAGGGCCUCUGCUAUCACAACCUUCGAGCAUGAGGGAUCGAAAUUAUAUGAUGAUCUUGGAUACGAUACUGAUGAGUGUGAUAUCCAUCAUGUGCGUGUUAUAUGAUGAUCAUAAUUCUAGUGAUGAUGUUGUUUUGUGCUCUUUUGUUACAGGUGCCAUCA